AUGAUCGUCAACGUUAGGAACACAAAAUAUACGGAAGAGGAAAGAUCGUUGGCCCAAAACAUUAAAUAUAUGUCCAGCAAGGCUUACGGAUUUAUGCGAGAAGAUUUAAGUUUCCGCCUCCCACACCAAAGGUCGCUGCUGCGUUGGCGCCCAAUACGUUAUGUCCGCCCUGGCAUUGAUGAGAGCGUUAUAGCAAAUUUGAAGAAUAUGGUAACCUCCAUGCCAGAAAACCAUCGCAUAUGUCAGAUUACUUGGGAUGAAAUUUCAAUAAGGAAGGAUUUGACCUACAAUCAAUUUACGGAUGUCAUCGAUGGAUUUGUAGAUAACGGCCAAGGACAGCGGGAGAUGGUGAUAGGAAAUAAAUGUCUAUUUUUCAUGAUAAAAGGUAUUUGCAGUAAAUGGAAAUACAUUUUAUCAUACUACGUAUCACAUCACGCUGUAUGUGCUAAGGACCUUGCGCAACUGAUACGGACAAAUAUUGAGGUUGCACAAAGUAUUGGGCUGAAAAUAAAAGCGGCAGUUUGCGAUCAAGCAGGUCCGAAUCAAUCUGCAUUUAGGAUUCUUGGCGUAUCGGAGGAAAAUGGACAAUUUUUAUUCAAGGGCGAAAAGAUACAUUUUAUGUACGACUACUGCCACUUGAUGAAAUCAAUGCGGAACACGUUUUUGAAUAAUCACGAAGUUAUUACUGAAGAUGGGAUUGUAAGAAAUUUAGUCGUGAAAAAACUAUAUGCGAUUGAUAAGGCCAACGACAACUUCAAGAUAUGUCCAAAACUAACAGAUGUCCACGUAUACCCGAACUCGUUCGAGAAGAUGAGCGUAUCACGAGCGACACAACUCUUGAGCAACUCGGUAGCCGCCGGGAUCGAGAUGGCCAAUGACCCCGGCCUACUUGGAGAAGACAGAGGACUGCUCAAGUCCGUCAAGCCGACUCAAAUCUUCGUAAAACGGAUGAAUGAUUUGUUUGAUGAGCUUGACGUCAAGUACAUCGGACACAAAAACCCACUAAAAUGGCCGAUGCGCCGAAAUUCUGAAGGAAAAACGGGUCGGCUACUUGAUCACAUACAAUACCUACAGAACAUUGGUGUAAGGAAAAAGAACUUGGCAUGCAUAAAAGGAUUCAUUCUGACAAUAAGGUCAGUGAUAAGCUUGUGCGAGGAUAUACUCGACCAAUACCCAAGCUUGGACUUCGUGCUUUGCGGAAAAUUGAACCAAGACGCGUUGGAGAACUUCUUCUACAAAAUCAGAGCCAGCCAAGGACUAAAUAUGCAUCCUACAGCACACGAUAUCCAAUACAUAGUAGCAAGAUUAAUGUCAAUGAAGAUUUUGAGACACCGUUUUCAGGAAAAGCGAAGUAAUUGCGAGGAUGAUGACGACGUAUUUUUGGACUGGAUUGACGAUCAUUCUAACGCAGAAGAAAACGGUUGGGAUGAGGACCUAUCAGUCGACUACCCAGAUGAGCAACUAGCCGUGGGUGAAGAUCCGUUAAUAGGCAAUCCAGACGAUCAAUUAGCCAUGGAAGAAGAUCUUCAAGACAUUCCGGAAGAGCUAUUUAUCGACGAAAUUCCUGAAAAACCUGCGGAGCUUCAGGUUCAACGCUACUAA